GCGCCGGCCGCUUCCCAGCCUGGCUGAAAGGGCUCGCGUAGCCGGCCUUGUCGGCCCCUGAAGCGCUCCCUGGGUGGCCUCGCCCCAACUCCCCUCCCGAGUCGCGCAAAGGGAGCUGCUCCUGGCUCUCGUCGGCCCCCCCAGGUUUGCUUUCCUUCUUUUCCCGAAGGUGGGCCCUGAGGUCCACCGCCGCGAAGCCUGCGGCCGCCGGGAAACCCAAACCCCAGUGUCCGGAGACUAACCGGAAGUGCGGUCCCAGGCGGAGGGGCGGUGCCGGCGGCCGCCCGGGAGAGGGAAGAAUUGAGUGCUAUGCAUACUUACGGACUAGAGACCUUUUGAAGCCAAAAGGAAGACAGUCUUGAGUCUUCAUUGUUAUGAACACUCUUCUUCCUUGAGAAAUCAGAUUCUCGGGAGCAGGAAGUAAACGCCGCUUUCCUUCCAGUUAGCUUCUAGAGUUUACAAAUUGCUGAAUGGAAAUUGGAAAACCAAUCAGAAAAUUGAUGAAACAAAGUCAUCCAUCUUCUGGAUCCUUUCGCCUCACCUCAUUGUUUCCUCUGAAUUCAGGGUUGGAAAUACCAAGUAAGGAAUUAGUCUAUAUGAUGCUGGAAACGUGUAGAGACGAGCUGCUCAUGACUGAAAGGCCUACGACAGAUGUAUCUUUCAAGUCCUUACCAAGAAAAUGACUAUGAAGAACAUGAUGAUGGGUCAAGAAGACCAGUGGAAAACUCCCUAGGAGAGAGCCAUAGAAAAUGUACACUUCAGAAGAGAGAUACAAUCAGAGAACUCAGAAAAGGAAAAUCUAUCAUGUAUGCCCUCAGAAGGGUAAAAAGAUUUUUAUUCAUGUGCAUGAGAUUACUCAAAUAGAUGAUCAGAUAUACCAGUGCCUUGAAUGUGAGCAAAACUUCUGUGAAAACUUAGCUCUUAUUAUGUGUGAGAGAUCCCAUCCUGGGGAGAAACCUUAUAGAUGUGAUAUGUGUGAGAAAACCUUCGUCCAAAGCUCAGAUCUUAUUUCACACCAGAGGAUCCACAAUUAUGAGAAACCUUAUAAGUGUAGCAAAUGUGAGAAGAGCUUUUGGCACCACCUGGCCCUUUCGGGACACCAGAGAACACAUGCAGGUAAAAAAUUCUAUACAUGCGAUAUUUGUGGCAAGAAUUUCGGUCAGAGCUCUGAUCUGCUUGUCCACCAGCGAAGCCAUACAGGCGAGAAACCCUAUCUGUGUAGUGAGUGUGAUAAAUGCUUCAGUCGAAGCACAAACCUCAUAAGGCACCGAAGAACUCACACAGGUGAGAAACCGUUUAAGUGUCUGGAGUGUGAAAAAGCUUUUAGUGGGAAAUCAGAUCUUAUUAGCCACCAGAGAACUCAUACUGGUGAAAGGCCCUACAAAUGUAAUAAGUGUGAGAAAAGUUACCGACACCGUUCAGCCUUCAUUGUUCAUAAAAGAGUUCAUACUGGGGAGAAGCCCUAUAAAUGUGGUGCCUGUGAGAAAUGCUUUGGCCAGAAAUCUGACCUUAUUGUACACCAGAGAGUCCAUACAGGUGAGAAGCCAUAUAAGUGCUUGGAAUGCAUGAGAAGUUUUACUCGGAGUGCCAACCUAAUCAGGCAUCAGGCAACUCACACUCACACUUUUAAAUGCCUUGAAUAUGAGAAAAGUUUCAGCUGUAGCUCAGACCUCAUUGUGCAUCAAAGAAUUCAUAUGGAAGAGAAACCACAUCAGUGGUCUACAUGUGAGAGCGGCUUCCUCCUGGGCAUGGACUUUGUUGCCCAACAGAAAAUGAGAACGCAGACCGAGGAGCUGCAUUAUAAAUACAGUGUAUGUGAUAAAAGCUUCCACCAGAGCUCAGCCCUACUUCAACAUCAGACAAUCCAUAUCGGUGAAAAACCAUAUAUCUGUAAUAUGGGCGAGAAAGGUCUUGAGCUCAGUCCUCCCCAAGCAUCAGAAGCCUCACAAAUGUCUUGAUCCGACAAGAAGUUAUAAUACCAUAAAAAAAUGUAUUUACAUGUCAGAGAACUCAGUAAAGAACUCUAGGCAAAUCUCAGACUUUCCUCAGAGCUCAGACUUCAGUGGGGACCAGAGAAUGCAGCUGUGGGAAGUUGAGAAAUGGUUUGCCCAGAGAGCUACCCUAACAGAACACUUUAUCAGUCACUCCAAUGAGAAACCUUACAAAUGCCCUGAGUUUGGGGAAAACCUUUAGUCCACGCUCAUAUCUGAUCAUCCACAAGGGGAUUCCUACAGGUAGGAACCUUACAAAUGCAGUGAGUGUGAGAGAGCUUUCUAGCAGUGCUCAGCCGUCCUCAUCCCAAGAGAAUUCACACCAGAGGACUUUUUAAAUGCCCUCAGUGUCAACAGAGCUUCAGACAGUAUGCACGUCACAUUGGACGUCAGAAAGCCCACAAUGGGGAGAAACCCCAGCAAGUGUGUAAAAAGCUUCUAACAGAACUAUGACUUUCUUACUCUUCAGAGAAGCCAUACUGGUGAAAAUAUGUAUAUUUGUCUUGAAUGUGGCAAAAACAUGAGUUGGAAGAGCCUUCUUGGGUUUGCACCAAAGAAACCCAAUCUGAGGAAAGACCUUACAAAGUCUCUGAGUGAGAAAAACUUCUGUCAAUGAUCAGCUCUCAUGGUACACCAGGGAACUCGCAUUAGUGGAAAACCCCCCUUGAGUCUGAAAAAAGCCUUGCUAGAAACUCCUACCUUAUUGGGUCCCAAAGAACGUACUCUCUGGAGAAUUUUGGCCAGUGAGAGAUCUAAUUGUGGACUGUGUACAUAUAAUAGGUAAUAGUUGACCCAUACGGUAGAGAUGACUUUUAAUGGAGUCAAUAUGUAAACAGUUGUUUAGAUACCCGGAAGCUUGUUCUGGGAGGAGCUAGAGCAGGUCACAGUAGGCCUGAUGGGUAACUCAGGUAAAGAUGCUUUUCUUUUAUCUGAACCACUUAAUGAUUGCUUUACUUUUCGCUUUUUAAAAUUUGGAAAUCCAAUAAAGGAAAGGACUGUAACCUUGUGAUAGAAGGCGUGGCAUGUGUUCCCUGUGGGGGAAAGGAUUAUGUUGACUUGGCCUCUGUGGGACUAGUGUGUUGACAGUAGCCUGGGAACCUUUUGCUGAUAGUGAAAAGAACUGAGCAGCUAGGGAGUGGUUCCCCUGGAUCAAAACUCUCCCAAAAGUUCUCCCUUUGGAGGGCCAGCCUCAUAAAGAGGCAGAAUACUCAGCUUUUUUACUUAGCAUGAGUUAAGGCAUUCCCCUCUAAAGUUUCCUUUCCUUCAAACAUCUUUGGGAGAUGAUCACUGGUUUUUGAAAUUUCAGCUUUAGAGACUUCUUUUAAACUGAAAUGCAAAUUUCAGUAUAAUAGUCAUGUCAUGAUGUCUCUAGCAUCUGUAUUUUUAUGACUUUAACUCGCCUCUUUCAUUGAUAAAAUGCUCUUCAGCUCCUUGCAAAAUGAUUAAAGGGAAACCAAAAGAAAGGUUUAAGUCUGAGUAGGCACAGAGUAAAACACUUAUUUGAUGAAUCAAAAAUGAAGGAGCUAAAACUUUGUGAUUUUGAGUAUCCCAGACUCCAAAGCUGGUGUUCUUUUCACUCCAUUAUCCUGCUGUUUAUAGCAAAUCAAGCCCCAUAAUGAUAUGCCUUUCAUUUAUUUCAGUUCUGCCAAGGAAAGAGAAUACUUUUUAUUCCCAGGGAAAGGAUUGCAGUCACCACAACAUAAGGUAUCUGUGUGGCUUGGAAUGUAGGAUUCUGAAUGCUAGAAGGGAAAAGUAGUUGGCAGAUUCAUCAGAGAUUUAAGGAUAAGCACUUAUCUCCAACUUAACAGGAUAAUUAACGAUCAUCUCUAACGUUCUCUAGAAAUACUAUAAUUAAUCCAGGGAUUAUAAAUGGACAAUUCUGAGGGUUUUUUUCUUCCCUCAGAUUAAAAGACAUUUAAUAUAAGUACUUAAGAUUCCUACAGCAUUUGGGACUAUAGACUGGUGAGUAAAUAUUUUGUUGCUACUCUGGGUUCUCUGGUUUAUUUAACAAAUCCCUGAACUCCGGAGAGUGCUGGCAUUCAGACUUAACGGAGGUGGCCAGCUGCGACCUUGUGUGCAGCUCUCAGCUUUGAUCCUAAUGGCUGGUUGAUGAGCCUGAUAAUCUUAGGGUCCCAGUGGAUAUAGCUUAUAGUGAUAAUAAGGAAUCUGGUUCUAGGGUGGGGUUUUCUUGGUCUUUUUUUUUUUUUUUUUUUAGAAAACAAAUGCUGGAAGUUUAUUUGAUCUGUUGUGUUUUAGUAAUUUUCAUAAAUAGCUCUUAUACCAUGAAAAGUUGCCCAGUGUGAUAAAACACGCAAGAUGUAUUUGUUUCUCUUUGGUGCAGAUCAUGCCUAUCACUAGUAUAUGUUUGACGGUUGUAAUACUUAAAAUAGUAUUGGGUGUAUGGCAUGGUGGUGAUGAAAGUUAGUCCUUAUGGCUACUUAUUAGUCAUUAGAACUUGGAGAAGGGGACAGUUUAUAUCGUUGGCAGGGCAAUGACUUGCCCCUUCUUUCAACUAAUCUUACUGGUAAUUCUCUCUAGUCUUUAAGUAAAUUAAGGAUGGACCAUCCUUCAAAUGGAGAACAGUUGGGGUAUGAGACAGGUCUGAGUGUGAGGGCUUUUAACCGUGGGGAAAAAAGGUGUUGGUGUUAUUCAUAGAGCAUAACCUGAGGUUGGAGAGGACCACUUGGGAGCCUGUAACCAAAACUAGAAGGUAACUUCUGGGAUGGAUGGAGGUUCUCUUGAGACAGUGCCAACCUAAAUCUACCUCAGGUAAGUAGUUAGAGUAACUUUUUCAAGAUUUCAGACCAAACGAGACACUUGUAUUCAGUCAAUGUAUUCCUAUGCUUUAAUGUUUUUGUUUUCCCUUAAUUCUUAAAUAAACAUUUAUUCUGAAAAGCU